CCCUCACAAUAUCUUUCCUUUUCUGAUUUCUCCCUACCUCAGUGCCUCCCUAUCUUUCUAUUUUUUUCGCGCUGUUUCUUCACUGUAUCAACUUUUCCUUUCUUUAUUCCUCUGGACCUCAAAAAUCCAAUAGAAAACGAAAAUGAAAAACAAAAAGGUAACAUCUUUGAAACCUCAAAAUCAAUCAAACACUCACAAUUUCCACUAACUUCCCACUACUCAUCACCAAUGGAUCGUCUUCUCAUCACCCCCAUCUUUCUCUUUCUUCUUCUCAUCACUUUCUCUCUCUUAUCAGAGGUGCAGUCAACUACUUUCAAGAUAGUCAACAAGUGCCGUCACACAGUAUGGCCCGGAGUAUUAACCGGAGCUGACAGAGCACCCGUUAACCCAACCGGGUUUACUCUCAAGAGUGGCAAAUCUAAGACUCUCAAAAUGCCCAGGUCUUGGUCGGGUCGGGUUUGGGGUCGGACCCUCUGCUCGAACGACCCCUCAAACGGUGGUAAAUUUACUUGCGUCACUGGAGAUUGCGGCUCCGGGAAGGUGGAGUGCGCCGGAGGCGGCGCUAUACCGCCGGCGACUUUAGCUGAGUUUACACUUAACGGUGACCAGGGUUUGGAUUUUUAUGACGUCAGUCUUGUGGAUGGGUACAACCUUCCUAUGCUUAUAGUUGCUAAAGGAGGUACAAGAGGGGGAUGCAGUGCUACGGGAUGUUUAGUGGACUUGAACGGCGCGUGUCCUAGAGAUUUGAGGGUUGCGAGUGGGAAAGGGAGUCACAGUGAGAGCGUUGGUUGUAAGAGCGCGUGUUUGGCGUUUAAUGAUCCAAUAUACUGUUGUAGCGAAGCGCACAAUACGCCUGACACGUGUCAGCCUUCGAUCUACUCGCUUUUCUUCAAACACGCGUGCCCACGCUCUUACAGUUAUGCUUAUGACGACAAGACUAGUACCUUCACUUGUGCCUCUGCUGAUUACUUGAUCAUCUUCUGCCCUCUCCCUUAUACCAGCAUGAAAGUGCUAGGAUUGAGGAAGGAUCCAGCUGAGCUGCCACUGGUUAAUAAAACAAUGAUGUACAUUGGAAGGCAUCAUCGAAGUGGCUAAUUUACAAACAGAAGUUGAAGCUGGGGAUUUUGUUUACGUACCCAAAUGCUAUCAAUCUCUCUCAUGUAAAAUCAUGUGCUACCUUGUUUCGGUGGGGAACUCGUCGGUAACAAAUGACAAUAAUUGUGUAUAUGAGCUUGUAGCUUCUUAUAAAUCUGCAACUUUUUCAUUUUUGCUUUACAUUUUGCUCUCCAUUGCUUUUGGUGCUUGGAAGGGUCCAUAGUGUAAUGUCAUGGGCAUGUCGAGCAAUGAGGCAAAAAAGUCUUAAAAUGUUUUUAGUUGGUUCAGAAAACAGAUUUAUGCCUCCCUUUCUAUAUUUUGUUUUGUUUUUUGGAGUUUGUAAAGGUAGUGGUAAUGUGGUGGACAAAUCAAAACAUUUUUUGAACAUGUUGAAGGUACAUAAUAGGAUUGUUGAGCUGCUUAGAAUAGAAAUAGACAUUUCGUACAGUUUUGGUUAUUUGAUUGGUUUUAUACAAUAUUGGACUGUGAUGAGAGCUUAAAUGGAGUGAAGGUUCAUAUAUAUGGCCUAUUAAUGCAA